UCCUCAGAUGACGCAUUUUCCGCCAAGAUGGUUGUCGGUGCCUUUCCAAUUGCAAAGCUGCUCUAUCUGGGCGUACGACAAUUGAGCAAACCAGUGGCUAACAGGAUAAAAGCAGGCGCGCGGAGAAGUGAAUUCUUUAAGAAUUAUAUCUGCCUUCCUCCGGCUCAAGCAUAUCACUGGAUCGAGAUGAGAACAAAGAUGAGAAUUAUGGGUUUCCGUGGCUCCACCAUCAAUCCUCUGAAUGAAGAGGCAGCUGCGGAGCUCGGAGCAGAGCUGCUCGGUGAAGCUAUCAUUUUCAUCAUCGGCGGAGGUUGCAUGGUGCUUGAGUACAGCCGUCAGGCCGCCAACUCCAGGCGCAAGGAAGAGGAGCUCGCACAAACCAUUAACAGUCUUCAGACACAACUAGGAGAGCUUGCACUAGCCACAGAGACACUGGAUGCCCAGAUCAGAGAGGUUAAUAGACUAAUGUUGUCCCUCCCAGCGGCUCCAACUACCAAGUAACAAUAUGCAUCACUAAAAUACGCCCUUUCUAAGAAGGGCAAAGAGACUGAUUUAUGAGAACAUAUCAGUAGUGGUGCAGCACUGCCAUAUAUACACACACA